GGCGCUGGAGCGCGAGCGGGCCCGCCCGCCCGCCGAGAGCCGCAGCCUCGGUUGCCUGCUGCGGUCGCUAUCGCAGCUGCGUAAAGAGCUGCCUGUCGCGUGACGCUCCAAUCCCAACGGCCGCCACGAGAGACGAAUCGCUGCUCGUGCGCCGCACGCAGGAACCCUCCGCCCGACCGGGAGCAGCAGCAGCAGCAGCAGCAGCAGCGCGCGGACACCCGCCCCGCCCCCACCCCGCGCAGUGAGGAGCGGCCGGCGCCAUGCCCAAGAAUAAAGGUAAGGGAGGUAAAAACCGACGACGAGGUAAGAAUGAGAAUGAAUCGGAGAAGAGAGAAUUAGUGUUCAAGGAGGAUGGACAAGAGUAUGCUCAGGUGAUCAAGAUGUUGGGCAAUGGAAGAUUGGAGGCAUUAUGUUUUGAUGGUGUGAAGAGGUUAUGUCAUAUCAGAGGGAAGCUAAGAAAAAAGGUUUGGAUAAAUACAUCUGAUAUUAUAUUGGUUGGCUUAAGAGACUACCAGGAUAAUAAGGCUGAUGUCAUUCUAAAAUACAAUGCAGAUGAAGCCAGAAGUCUGAAGGCAUAUGGGGAACUUCCAGAACACGCUAAAAUCAACGAAACAGACACAUUUGGUCCUGGUGAUGAUGAUGAAAUUCAGUUUGAUGAUAUUGGAGAUGACGAUGAGGACAUUGAUGAUAUCUAAAUUGAGUUAAGAGGUUUACAUUCCAACUUUUUUCCUCCAGGGAUUAUUCUACAUUGAUAUAUUGGGUAAAAUCCCUUUCUUUUAAGAAGACUGAAACAUCAAUGAUGAGUGUAGCUUAUUACAUCAAAUGAGAAUUUAUUUUCAGUGUUUGUUUUAAAGUAUUUAUAUUUCUUUAGAAACAUAAUGCUGGAUUAUCUUAAAGGCUAAAUGAAAUGCCACAACUAUUUUGUCUUCACAAAUUAGAGCUCUUACAUCUUGAUGGAAGUGAAACAGAGUAAUAUCUGCUGUAAAAGUCUGCAUUUUUGCCUCUUACACUUUCAUCACUACAUUUCCAGUUAAACUUGUAUUUUGAAAUAAAAUUGUUUACCCUGUAAUUAUCAUGGAUUUUGAUUAAAUACCCUGUUCAGAUUAGUGUCCAAUCAUACUAUGCAGUGUCUUUCUGUAUACCCCUUGCCUUGAAGUUAACUUGAAAAGAUUUUGAUAAUCUAAAAGGAAGGCAGAAAUCUGCAUUCAAACUCCUAAUGCAUGGGUCUGCUUUUCAUGUUUUAGUAGAAUGCUGCUAUUUUUAUAAUAGUUUUGAUAAUUAAGCACUCAUUCUUUCAAAGAUGUAAAGUUGCCACAAUGGGAGAAAAAGUAAGCAGCAUCUCAAAUUUGCAGUUGUUUAAAACUGUUACAUAUGUUUGAAUAGCUAUUCUGUAUUUGUAAAUGCAGUAUUAUACUGUAGUUGCAGAAAUUAAACACUGUGUGGCACCCAAUUUAAUGGACACAUUGAUACUAAACAAUUACAGUUUUUAUACUGAAACAUGCAUAAAAUAGUUUUCCCUCAACAAAAUAAAUGCCUAACAUGAUGUGUUAAACAUACGUAGAAUAUUUUUACAUUAUAGAAAAUGUUACAUUAAAAGUAGAGUUUUAUUUUAAUCUUAAGUUCCAUACAUUGUAAGGUACAACUUUGAAAAGGUUAUGUAAACUUUGAAUAACCAAAUAUAAAUGAAAAAUUAAAUUAAUGUCAAAUUCUGCAAAAUCUUUUUAUCUAGAAUUAACCAGUGAGACAAACUAAUGGAAAGAUUCUCUCCAGCUUCUGAAUGGAAGAGUCGUAGCUAAAAAGUUGAAUAAAGACUAACAUAUUCAUGGAAA